AUGACGGAGAGUACAACGGAUUCAAUCCUGAUCUGCCGCACAGGUGAAUUAGCUUCAGGCGAAACCCGUCUCCUAGAGCCAAACGAGCAACCUCCAACCACUUGGAAAUUCUCAACAUCUGGAUCGCUUGGGCUAUAUUCGUCUUCUGGUCAGAAAGUCCAUCAUACAGACAAUAAAUACGAUGUUUUUAGAGACAUUGGGGGCCACGAACUCGGUUUUAAAGCAGUUGGUGAGGUUGAUGGUGAUGGAGACCUAGUAAAACAGACGGGAUAUGUGUUGGUACGCGAUAAUACGAGGUUUAUCUGGACGUUAACGGAGGCCGAAUCGGAAUUCGUCUACUCUGUCAAUCCCACUGUAUUUCGGAUUAGCAAAAGCAAUGUGCUAUCA